AAAACGUCAAAAUGACAUGAUUAGACAAAUUGAAUGAAUUUUUCGUUUAAAUGAGUUUUAAUUACCGGCGAAAGUGAUAACAGUUUGAUAACUAUUUACGGGGAAGACUUUUAACAUAUAUUUACGAGUCAACUGGUACUUAAAAAACUCGAUUUCUAAAAUGGUUUAUUCAAAUAAGGACUUUCCUGCAUUAAAAAAUGAUAGAUUAUUAAGAGCAGCUACAGGCAAGGAAGUAGAUAAAGUACCGGUAUGGGUGAUGCGUCAGGCAGGCCGCUACCUGCCGGAAUUCCAGGCGGUUAGAGCACAACAUGACUUCUUUACUGUAUGUCGGACUCCUGAACUGGCAUGUGAAGUUACACUCCAGCCUUUAAGACGCUAUGAACAUUUGGAUGCAUCAAUUAUAUUUAGUGACAUACUUGUUAUCCCUCAAGCUCUUGGUAUGACUGUAGAAAUGCAUCCUGGUAAGGGUCCAGUGUUCCCGAGCCCCCUGCAAAGUCCAAGUGAAAUAGAUCAAUUGCAAGAGGAUGGGGCUGUCUCCAGACUAACAUAUGUUGGAGAUGCGAUAACAUUAACAAGACAUAAAAUAGAAGGCAAAGUGCCUUUGAUUGGAUUUACUGGAGCACCUUUCACACUAAUGGGAUACAUGAUAGAAGGUGGUGGAAGUAAAACAAUGUCUAAGACCAAAGAAUGGCUUGAAAAAUAUCCAAAAGAUGUUCACAAACUGCUUAGUUUGCUGACAAGAGUUAUAAUUGAUUAUUUAGUUAUGCAGGUAGAAAGUGGAGCUCAGUUACUACAAGUAUUUGAAUCAAGCGCGGACCAUCUGACAAGGGAACAGUUUGCAGAAGUUUCAGCUCCUUACUUAAAAGAUAUAAGGAGCGGAGUUCAACAAAAACUUGAACAGAAACAAUUGGAACAAGUUCCUAUGACAGUGUUUGCAAAAGGCGGAGGACAUUCUUUAGACAUCCAAGCAACAUUAGGAUAUGAAACAAUUGGUCUAGACUGGACGGUGGACCCUGUGGAGGCCAGGAAAACAGUAGGUGACAAUAUCACACUGCAAGGAAAUCUAGACCCACAAGACCUAUACAAAUCUCCAGAUGAAAUUAAGAAGAUGACAAUAGAUAUGGUCCAAAAGUUCGGAAAACUAAGAUAUAUUGCUAAUUUAGGUCACGGGAUAACACCACAAACGCCGUUGGAGAGUAUGUCUGCAUUCACUGAGGCUGUUCAUGAAGCACUCUAAUAGAAGUCUCUUUAAAAAAUGGGAAUGGGAUUGUUUUUUUUUAUGUUUUUAAAUUAAAAUGCUAAUAUAUAUGAGAUGCUUUAAUGUACUAAAUUGUUACACUUGUUUUGGAAAUAUAUUGUUAUUUACAUUGAA